GAAGUACCUCCUAUUUAGCCGGGAAUGUUGAUCCUGUCCUGCCCCUCCAAGUUGCAGCUGCUAGAGGGAGUGCUGCGAAGGAGCCUGCCCCAGACACUUACGGUCUAUGGGGCAGUGAUGCACAUCAACCGUGGAAAUCCAGCUCAGCAUGAAGUGGUGGUGGACUCUUGGCCGGAAUUUAAAGUUGUCCUUACCCGCCCACAAAAGGAGGUGGUGAAAGACAACAGGGAUUUCUAUGCCAGUUUGUAUGCUGCUUUCUAUUGGGAAAUAGAUGCCUGUCGAUCAUUGCUGGAAAAUGCCAAAGUCAUUGAUUGGGGCAAGGCCUUUCAGUUGCAAGGUCUCCAAGAUGGGCUGUAUGAAGUGGCCAGAAGUACUGCAGAGGCUAGAGAUGUCCACUUUGAGCCAUAUUAUUAUGAGACAGUACUGCACCCAGGCCCACCUGCCCACAGCCAGAGCCGGCCGAGAAGUGACUUCCUCCACUUUGGUACCCUCAACUCAUCUCAUGCAGCCCUGCUCAAUGAAACCUGGAGCACUGGGGGCAAUUGUCACUCCCUGAACUAUAUGGACAGUCUGAUACGUGACUUCCCUAGUGCCUGCCUUAUUGACAAGGAAGGUCAGCUGGCCUCCUGGUGCCUCAGUGAUGCAGCUGCUUGCUUAACACAUACUUACACCCUCCCUAAGUACCGGGGCCAGGGCUGUAUGGAAACUGUGGUGCAGGCAACAGCUAGGAAAUUGUAUGCUAAUGGGUUUCCCAUAUAUGGUGGGGUCCUGCGAGAUAAUAAUCCCUCCCGGCAGUCACUGAAGCGUCAGGGUUUCCAUUUUUUGCCUUGGACACACUACGUCAUUUUUGUGAAACCAGCGAUCAGAUAUAAGGAAUAA